CCACCAAAAUAUCAAAUCGGAAAAUACAAAAACAAAAAUACAAAGAAAUCGGAGAAAACGAAAGCGAAUCUCCCUAUCUCUCUCUCUCACACACAUCGCUGUCGAAGAUGGCGACUCUCUCCGGCCUCUUCUCGACUUCGCCGUCUCUGAAUCCCGGCAAAACCGCCGUCUGUAAAGGAUCUCCUACUGCUGUUGCGGUGAUGAGGGAUUCCUGCGCUUUUCCAUCUUCCGCGACACCUUUGGAUCGGUCGUUGACGUUGUUUACGGCUCGUUCGGUGGCGCGUGACGUUUCGGCGGCGGAUUUGUCGAAGACGAACGACGGAGUUCCGGAGACAGCGCCGGCGGUGAAGAAGAAAGAGCUCGUGAAGGAUCCCAAUGCAUUGUGGAGUCGGUACCUGGACUGGUUGUAUCAGCACAAGGAGCUCGGGCUGUACCUGGAUGUGAGUAGGGUCGGAUUCACAGAUGAGUUCGUGGCGGAGAUGGAGCUGAAGUUCCAGGCCGCGUUCAAGGCCAUGGCGGAGCUCGAGAAGGGUGCGAUUGCGAAUCCCGAUGAAGGUAGGAUGGUCGGUCACUACUGGCUCAGGAACUCGAAGCUCGCGCCGAAGCCGAUAUUGAAGACCCAGAUCGAUGUCACGCUUGAUGCUAUUUGCAGCUUCGCCGAUGAUAUUAUCAGUGGCAAGAUUAAGCCGCCAUCUUCAUCCGCCCAUCGGUUUACACAGAUACUUUCUGUCGGAAUUGGAGGUUCGGCUCUUGGACCUCAGUUUGUCGCAGAGGCACUGGCUCCUGAUAAUCCUCCACUGAAGAUAAGAUUCAUUGACAACACAGACCCUGCUGGAAUUGAUCAUCAGAUCGCACAGCUCGGUCCGGAGCUUGCGUCUACUUUAGUGAUUGUCAUUUCAAAGAGUGGAGGUACUCCUGAAACUAGAAAUGGACUGCUGGAAGUACAGAAAGCAUUCCGUGAUGCUGGCCUGACUUUUGCAAAACAGGGCGUUGCAAUAACACAAGAAAUCUCGCUGCUGGAUAACACAGCUAGAAUUGAAGGUUGGUUAGCCAGAUUUCCAAUGUUCGACUGGGUGGGUGGUAGAACAUCGGAAGUUUCUGCAGUUGGUCUGCUUCCAGCCGCUCUUCAGGGUAUUAACAUUAGAGAAAUGCUUGCUGGUGCUGCAUUAAUGGAUGAGGCAACUAGGGCAACUACUCUUAAGAACAAUCCUGCAGCACUCUUAGCUAUGUGCUGGUAUUGGGCUUCUGAUGGCAUUGGUUCAAAGGAUAUGGUCAUUCUCCCUUACAAGGACAGCUUAUUGCUGUUUAGUCGGUAUCUCCAGCAGCUAGUCAUGGAAUCACUAGGAAAGGAGUUUGACCUCGAUGGUAACAGGGUUAAUCAGGGGUUAACUGUGUAUGGAAACAAAGGGAGCACAGAUCAGCAUGCGUACAUUCAACAGCUGAGGGAGGGCGUUCACAAUUUCUUCGCAACCUUCAUUGAAGUGCUUCGUGACAGACCCCCUGGUCACGAUUGGGAUCUUGAGCCCGGUGUCACUUGUGGUGACUAUCUGUUCGGGAUGUUACAGGGAACAAGAUCAGCUCUAUAUGCAAAUGAUCGAGAGUCUAUAUCAGUUACUAUUCAGGAGGUGAAUCCAAGAUCUGUGGGGGCACUUAUAGCUCUUUACGAAAGAGCAGUCGGGUUUUAUGCCUCUCUUGUCAACAUCAAUGCUUAUCACCAACCUGGUGUUGAAGCUGGGAAGAAGGCAGCAGCAGAAGUCUUGGCCCUACAAAAACGUGUAUUGGCUGUCCUCAACGAAGCCAGCUGUAAAGACCCCGUGGAACCAUUGACACUGGAUGAGAUAGCCGAUCAUUGUCACGCUCCGGAAGAAAUCGAAAUGAUAUACAAGAUUAUCGCGCAUAUGGCAGCGAACGACAGAGUGUUGAUCGCGGAAGGAAAUUGCGGAUCACCUCGGAGCAUCAAAGUAUACCUCGGGGAGUGCAACGUCGACGAACUGUAUGCUUGAUUCAAUAGCCCUUCGGACUCUUUAUCUCUGUUUGAUCCUUAACGUCUUCACUUUAUGUUAUAUCUACAAGUUCUUUUGAUUUGCAAAAGGGAAACAAAAGAUAUUGGAAAUAACAUAUGAUGGAACAGAAAAUUCCUACGUGUUUUUUGGGGGUUUUGAGUUUGUUCUGAGAUUUUUAAGAAACUGUAAAAUUGAAAUUGAAAUUCAGACAGUGGAUAUGAUGUUGUCC